AUGGGUGUCCCAUCGUUUUUCAGAUGGCUGUCUCGAAAAUAUCCCAAAAUCAUAUCUCCGGUAUUAGAAGAACAACCUCAGGUUGUAGAUGGCGUCAUAUUACCAAUGGAUUACUCUGCCCCAAAUCCAAAUGGUGAGUUAGACAAUCUAUAUUUGGAUAUGAACGGUAUUGUCCACCCAUGUUCGCAUCCAGAAAACAAGCCACCUCCAGAGACUGAGGACGAAAUGCUUUUGGCAGUUUUCGAAUAUACCAAUCGUGUGCUGAAUAUGGCAAGACCACGGAAGGUACUUGUUAUGGCUGUUGAUGGUGUUGCUCCUCGUGCUAAAAUGAAUCAACAGCGAGCACGUAGAUUUAGAAGUGCUAGGGAUGCUCAAAUUGAAAACGAAGCCAGAGAGGAAAUUAUGAGACAACGUGAAGAAGUUGGUGAGAUAAUCGACGAUUCUGUUAGGAACAAGAAAACCUGGGAUUCAAAUGCAAUCACACCCGGUACCCCGUUCAUGGAUAAGCUUGCCGCGGCUCUACGUUAUUGGACGGCUUUCAAACUGGCCACCGACCCUGGUUGGAAAAAUCUACAGGUAAUUAUCAGUGAUGCUACCGUCCCUGGUGAAGGUGAACAUAAAAUCAUGAACUUUAUUAGGUCUCAAAGAGCCGAUCCCGAGUACAAUCCUAAUACUACGCAUUGUAUAUACGGUUUGGACGCAGAUCUAAUUUUUUUAGGUCUUGCUACCCAUGAACCACAUUUUAAGAUUUUAAGAGAAGACGUCUUUGCUCAAGAUAAUCGGAAAAGAAACAAUUUCAAGGAUACAAAUAAUAUGACUGAAGAAGAAAAAGAGCUCCUUCAAAAGCAAAACGCCGAACAGCCUUUCUUGUGGUUGCACAUAAAUGUUUUGAGGGAAUAUCUGUCCGCUGAGUUAUUGGUUCCAGGCCUUCCCUUUACAUUUGAUUUGGAAAGGGCUAUUGACGAUUGGGUUUUCAUGUGCUUUUUCUGCGGUAAUGACUUUUUGCCGCAUCUACCGUGCUUAGAUGUCAGGGAAAAUAGUAUUGAUAUUCUUUUAGAUAUUUGGAAGGUGGUCCUACCGAGGUUGAAAACAUACAUGACUUGUGAUGGUGUCUUGAAUCUUCCUUCUGUCGAAACACUGUUGCAACACCUUGGUUCCCGUGAAGGGGAUAUAUUCAAAACAAGACACAUUCAAGAAGCAAGGAAGAAAGAAGCUUUUGAAAGAAGAAAAGGGCAGAAAAAUAUGUCAAAAGGUCAAGAUAGACAUCCUGUAGUGGCUACAGAACAAUUACAAAUGUAUGAUACGCAAGGUAACUUGGCAAAAGGUUCAUGGAACUUGACUACCAGUGAUAUGGUGAGAUUGAAAAAGGAGCUGAUGCUUGCGAAUGAAGGAAACGAAGAAGCAAUUGCCAAAGUUAAAGAGCAGAGUGACAAAAACAAUGAGCUGAUGAAAAAUAUUAGUAAAGAAGAAAUAGAUGAUGCAGUCACUAAGGCUAAUAAAUCCAACUUCAAUCUUGCCGAAGUCAUGAAACAAAAACUAAUAAAUAAGAAGCAUCAUCUUGAGAAGGAUAACGAAGAGGAGGAAGAAAUUUCCAAGAAUAGUAAAAAAAUUAAGACAGAGAAGAUUGAUUCAGAAGGCGAUCUUGAUGCAGAAAUCAAAGCAGAGAUUACAGCAGAUGUAUACGAUAGAGAAGACGCCGAGACUCUAGAAAUAUCGAGAAAUUCAUCCGCUUACAAUACCUCCAUCGCCAGCGAAGCCCCCCCGAACGGGGUCUUUGAUACGGACGAAUAUGUCAAACUGUUUGAACCUGGUUAUCAUGAAAGAUAUUAUACAGCGAAGUUUCGCAUUGCUCCUAAAAAUAUCGACCAACUGAGAACAGAUAUGGUAAAAUGCUAUAUCGAAGGUGUAGCUUGGGUAUUGAUGUAUUAUUAUCAAGGCUGUGCCUCCUGGAAUUGGUUUUAUCCCUACCAUUAUGCUCCCCUGGCAACUGACUUCCAUGGAUUCUCUCACUUGCAAAUGAAAUUCGAAGAAGGUACUCCGUUCUUACCCUUUGAACAGUUAAUGAGUGUCUUACCAGCUGCAUCUGGUCAUGCUUUGCCAAAAAUUUUUCGAUCUUUAAUGUCUCAACCUGAGUCAGAAAUCAUUGAUUUUUACCCCGAAGAAUUUCCUAUAGAUAUGAAUGGUAAGAAGAUGUCCUGGCAAGGCAUAGCACUGCUACCAUUCAUCGACCAAGACAGAUUAUUAACAGUCGUCCGCGCGCAAUAUCCUUUACUAUCUAGUGCUGAGCGGGCAAGAAAUGUUCGUGGCAUGCCUGUUUUACUGAUAAGCAACAGAAACGCUAAUUAUGACAGGUUUUCAAAGAAAUUGUACUUGAAAGAUAAUAACAACCUUGUUGAAAUAAAGUUUCAACAUUUCAAGAGUGGGUUAAGUGGUAUUGUAUCGAAGGAUGUGGAAGGGUUUGAAUUGAAUGGGAAGAUGGCCUGUCCAAUUAAAGGAGGAUCGUUACCAGAUUUAUCCACUAGUUUAAUUUUGAAGAUGUCAUACAGAUUAAUUCCAUUGCCAUCAAGGAAUAAAUCCAUUAUAUUGAACGGAUUCAUUCCGUCAGAACAGGUACUAACGGCUUAUGAACUUGAUUCCAUAAUGUACAAGUAUAAUAACCAAAACUAUUCCCGCCGUUGGAACUUUGGAAAUGAUUUGAAGCAAAAUAUUGUUCCAGUCGGACCUAAAGGUGUCACUCAAUACAAACCAAGGACUGGCGGUUACCGUGCCUUCUUUUACUUUGCUGAGCUCAAUAGAAACAACAUUCAGCCCGUCAACAGCUAUGGUAAGAACAGCUACAACACUCAAUCUGGUUCUAAUAACAGUAGGUACAAUGGUGGAAACAGUAAUUACAGCAAUAAUUAUGGCAAUAGUUACGGCAAUGGUUACAGACAGAAUUCCAGUUACAGGGGCAACGACCUUUCCGGAAGUAGGAAUGGUGGACAAUAUCGCGGCAACGGCUACUCCCGGAAUAACAACCAGAGUCGGUAUGGCAACUCAAAAUAA